UGGCCGAGCUCGGUGGGGUCGGGUGGCGGGGUUGGAAUGAGCGGGACACGCGGAGACCGUGCGGGAAGACUGACCGCGCUUUGCCCUCCACCGUCCUUUCCUUUCUUCCUCGAGUCCCUUCCGUGCGCGGUGACCUGACAUGAUGCCCACACCUCGUUUGGACACUGGGAAUCCAACCAUGGGUUUGUCUUCCUCGACCCCGGCUGUUGCUGUUCAGACCUCAAAUGCUCCAGAUCAUCAGACAUCAGCCCCACCGUCAGGAUGUCCAAUGCAUAAAGGGCAAAUGGCAGGCUAUCCAGGGAGUGCACAGCCGCCUAACCCAGCCAGCUCUGUGCCUGCCCACCAAGAACGCGCCUAUGAAUACGUGGAGUGUCCCGUGACGGGUGCCAGGGUUGAAAAUAAGGAGAACCUAGAUCCUUCCAAUCUGAUGCCGCCGCCUAAUCAGACCCCCGCCCCCGAUCAGCCAUUUGCACUGUCAACCGUGAGAGAGGAGUCUUCCAUUCCUAGAGCAGAUUCAGAGAAAAAGUGGGUGUAUCCCUCGGAACAGAUGUUCUGGAACGCGAUGUUAAGGAAAGGGUGGAAGUGGAAGGAUGAGGAUAUCAGCCAGGCCGAUAUGCAUAAUAUCAUUAAAAUCCACAACCAGAAUAACGAGCAGGCGUGGAAGGAGAUUCUGAAGUGGGAAGCCAUGCACGCCACGGAGUGCCCUUGUGGUCCCUCACUGAUCCGGUUCGGAGGAAAAGCCAAAAUGUACUCCCCGAGGGCAAGAAUCCGCUCCUGGAUGGGGUAUGAGCUGCCAUUUGACAGGCAUGACUGGAUCAUCAACCGUUGUGGGACAGAAGUCAGAUACGUCAUCGACUACUACGAUGGUGGCCACGUCAACGAGGACUAUCAGUUCACCAUCCUGGAUGUGCGGCCGGCUUUCGACUCAUUGUCUGCGGUGUGGGACAGGAUGAAGGUGGCCUGGUGGCGCUGGACUUCCUAACCUGUGCUUGGUUAGAGUUAGGAAAGCUUGAGCAAUUUUUUUUUUUUUUUUGCUGAGUGUUCCAUUAAAGUCUUCCCGAAUUGAAUCACGCUCGUGAUGUAAUGUGAAUGCCAAAUGGGUAGUCGCCCCUCAGAGCCCGCCACUUUAGUGGCCGGCCACCAGGCUCUUGAGCUCUAUUCUCACUUGGAAUCUGAUAGCCAAUAAUCCUAAAUUCCCUUCCCACGUAGAGAAGUGGGGAUAAGGCCUAGGUUUUACCUCGUAACUGCAGUAUUGCCUGAAUUUCUCAUCUAGCCUGAGCCACCUCCGAAAAAGAACUUUUGAAACAAGAGCUACUUUUUUUUCUUCUUUUUGGGUCACACCCAGCAAUGCUCAGGGGUUAAUCCUGGCUCUGCACUCCGCAAUCACUCCUGGCGGUGCUUGGGGGACCCUAUAGGAUGCCGGGGAUCGAACCUGGGUCGGCCGCAUGCAGGGCAAACUCCCUACCUACUGUACUACCGCUCUGGCCCCACAAGAGCUACUUUGUAUUCGUUUUCUCAUGAAUACUUAAGAGCUAGAUCUGAAAAGCAGAUGAGAUUUUUACCUGGUCAAAUACAUUUUUUUCUGGGGGUCCCACCUGGCUGUGCUCAGGUACUACUCCCUGCAGGCUAGGGUUCAGAUCCAACCUCCCGUGUGCAAAACCUGCACGCCAGCCUGCUGGCUCUCUUCUUGGUCCAGUUCAAAUAAUUUCAUGUCUGCUGUUAAUUAAUAUCAUUGUAAGUACUUCCGCUUUUGAAAACAACUAACAAUCUAGGGCUGGAGCAAUAAUACAUCAGGUAUGGCGCUUGUCUUACACACGGGGACCCAAGUUCAAUCUCCGGCACCCCAUGUGGUCCCACAAGCCCAUCAGGAGUGAUCCCUGAGCACCGCCAGGUAUGGCCCCAAAAGCAAAAGUAAAAAGUUACCCAUCUUUUGAAUGUCCCUCCAAUGCAGUCAUGCCCCUUGAUUCAGCUAACCAAGGCGCAUCCUGGCUCAGGCCCCUGGAGAUUUCAGACUUGAAAUAUCCUUGCAGAAUGGAAGGAGUUUCCACUCCCCCGUGAUCUGCUAAUAUGAAUAUACUGGAAUCAUUUAGCUGAGUGGUGUCAUCCAAACGCCCCCAGUGACAUGAGAUUCUUUCCCAAACAAGCUCUGCUGCUGGUCGCGUUGGCGCACCUGAGUCCUGUCUUCCUUCUGCCAGAAGCUUGCUCCCACUCCGAAGGCGUAAUGCCAGGAUGGGCUCUUUCUAACACCCCUUAGAGUUUGCUGGGUGUUGGAAUUCAUAAGGAAAAUAAGCAGGUGGAGAAUGUUUGCAAUAGCUCCCACCUUGCUGUGUAAAGGUUUCUCAGGUUCAUUUUCCAGGAGUACCAAUACUGUGUAUGCACGGUAACGCCGUACUCGCCCAUGGCCAGGGUCUAACCUGCAGCCAUCCUCGAAAGAGCCCCUUCCGUCUUUCGUUGGGUUUUUACAAUUGCAGGGAUGCAACCCAGGGUCUCACCCGUGCAAGGCACAUUUCUGCCCCUGAGUCACACCCCCGGCCCCCAUGCUGUUCCUUGUUGAAAUGCUUUGUAUGAAUGACCGAUAGGCUGCUUGUGAGACUGGGCUGUUCCAAAUGAUGCGGGAGUUUCCAGUGUGGGUAUCAGGAACUCGGUUCCGUUACUGACUCCUGGAGUCUCAAGUGGACCGUUUGCCUUAGCAGGCGAGUGUGAUCACCUUCGUAUGAAUUCCUUUGCUGUAGCUUUGUGUGGUUUCCAAAAUUGUAACAACCCAAACUGUCUGCAUUUCGAAAUACUUGCAUAUUUGAAAAUAAAAUUGAUC